CGUGACAGUUGCCGCGGGGGGCAAGCGAGCCCGGCGAGGGGGAGGGAGUGUAAACAGAGCGAAGGCGGCGGCGCGUCGGCCCCGCAGUCCCUGGGCGACCCGCGAGGAGCCCCAGAGGAAGAUGGAAGCAGCCGAACAAAAGCAGCGGCGCGGAAAGGUGGAGGCCGGGAGAGCGAAGCUUGCUCACUUCCGACAGAGAAAAACAAAAGGUGACUGUGCGAAUUCGGAGAAAAAGACGUCGAAGAGGAAGGGCUCGGCUGUCGAUGCGCCUGUCCAGGAGGAGAGUCCGGUAGCCACCGACGACGGCGCGUGCCUUGGAGGAGGGGGUGUUUGCGAAAGCACGGCGUGUGUCGACAGCCCUGAUGGGGCGAGAGGGGCGUUUGCAGCUCAGGAAUGUGAACAGGAAUGUGAACCUGAGAUUGCUGAGCUCGUGGGCAGACCCGACGGGCAGCAGCAGACACAGACGGUGCACAGCCUUGAGCUGGAAGCGCUGCGCCUGAGUCUGAGCAACAUGCACACGGUGCAGCUGGAGCUGACGCAGGCCAACCUGCAGAAGGAGAAGGAGACGGCGCUGACGGAGCUGCGGGAGAUGCUGAACAGCCGGCGCGCCCAGGAGCUGGCCCUGCUGCAGAGCAGGCAGCAACACGAGCUGGAGCUCCUCCGGGAGCAGCAUGCCCGGGAGAAGGAAGAGAUGGCGCUCAGGUGUAGCCAGGAAACAGCUGAGCUGAAGGAGAAGUUACAUUCAGAGAUGGAGAAAAAUGUCCAAAUGAUAGAGACUCUGAAGCAAGACUGGGAAUCUGAAAGAGAUUUAUGCUUAGAAAAGCUACGCAAAGAGUUAUCUGCAAAGCAUCAGUUAGAAAUGGAGGAUUUACGAAGCCAGUUUCAGGAAGAAUUGGCAGAACAGAAAGCUGAGUUGGAAAAGAUUUUUCAAGCCAAAAACCAGGCUGAAUCUACUCUUGAGAAUCUGGAAGCUCAGUAUGAAGCAGCCAUUAAAAAGUUGCGUGAAGACCUACAGUCUGAACGCUGCCGUUACUUAGAAGACUUGGAGUUAAAAUUCAAAGAAAAGGAAAAAGAAAAACAGCUAGAGUUAGAGACUCUCCAAGCGUCGUACGAAGACCUGAAGGCACAGUCUCAGGAGGAAAUCCGGCGCCUCUGGUCGCAGCUUGAUUCCACCAGGACCGACAGGCAGGAACUGAAUGAGUUGCACGAGCAGUUCCUGGCGAGAGCAUCUCACGUGGAAGAAUUGGAACACCUGAAGCGAGAUUUUGAACAGCAGCAGCAGCAAGAAAAAACCCAGCAUGAAUCUGAACUAGAGCAAUUGAGAAUUUAUUUUGAAGAGAAAUUAAGAGAUGCCGAGAAAACCUACCAAGAAGACCUGACUCUGUUACAGCAUCGGCUACAGGAGGUCCGGGAAGAUUCUCUACUGGGGUCUGUGGAAAUCAGUUUAUCUUGUACACGUUUGGAAGAGACACCUGAAAAAGGAAAAACAGGUCGUCUUGAUCAACUUGACCUUCAACCUGAGCAACAUGAGGAGAGCCCGGCGUGCUUCCAGGCGGAGUUGGUAGAAAACCACACGUGUGAGUUAGAAGCGUGGAAGUCUCCUCUCCGCACCCAGCAUGAGCGGGACGUCGUGGACAGAUGCCUCUUGGGGACAGAGGUGUUGGGACGGGAGCACCUGGAGCUCGAGCGGCUUCCAGCUGCGCUCCCGGAACACAGCCGAGAGCUUGCUCUGGUGCAUCCCCCGUGUGCACAGGACGCAGCCUUGGAGGUUGACACCGAAGUGGCUGCCAGAGUCUUGGACUUGGAAACCGAGCACAGAGUUAAACUUUCACUUCUUCAGACUGAGCUCAGAGAAGAAAUUGAGCUCUUAAAAAUAGAAAACAGAAACUUACAUGAGAAGUUGCAGCAUGAAAUCCGUCUGAAAGAGGACCUAGAGAAGGUAAAGCAUAAUUUAGUGGAAGUCCACCAGGAAGAACUAAAUAAAACUAAGGAGAAGAAUCAGCUAAUGAAACAGGAAUUGAAAAAAAAAGAAGCCGAGUGGAAAGUUCUAAGUGAGGAUCUAAAGAGAGAAGCUGAAGAGAAGUUGACGCUGAUGCUUCUUGAACUGAGGGGAAAGGCUGAGUCUGAGAAGCAGUCAGUAGUAAACAAGUUUCAGCUUCGGGAAAAAGAAAUGAGGCAGCUUCAGGACCAGCAGGCCGCACAGAUCCUGGACCUGGAGCGGUCCCUGACCGAGCAACAGGGCCGCCUGCAGCAGCUGGAGCAGGGGCUGGCCGCCGAAGAGGCUCCGCUGUGCAACCGGUGUGGGCGGGAGCCACCCUUGGGGGACGGGGAGCGUGCCCUCCGGGUGCAGGAGGACUGCACCCUGCAGCUGAUGCUGGCCCGGAACAGGUUUUUAGAAGAACGUAAAGAGAUCACAGAGAAAUUCAAUGCGGAGCAAGAUGCCGUCCUGCAGGAGGCCCAGGAGAAGCAUGCCCACGAGCUAGAGCUGCUCCAGGAGAGACACCAGCAGCAGCUCCAGGCCGUGUCACGGGAGCUGGAGGCCAGACACCAGGCUGAGCUCUGCGAGCUGGCAGCCUCCUUAGAGAGUGAACGGCGGGCUCUGCUGGAUGCUCGCGUGGCUGAAUUGCAGACGAAACAUGCUGCUGAAAUCCAUGCUUUGGAAGCGAGACAUCGGUCCAGCCUGGACUCCAUGCAGUCCUGCUGCCUGGCCGAGAUUCAGACGGUGCGGGAUGAGCACAGGCGGGCCGUCGCGCACUUACAGGCCGACUUCGUGGAACAGCUGCAGAGGAAGGACGCUGUUCACCAAACGAUCUUGUCUCAGGAGUUGGAGAAACUGAAGCUGAGACAUGACAAGGAACUUCAGUCUGCGCAGGACGGGCCAAGAGCUGACACGAGCACUGGGCAUGUUGCCAGCCUGGAUGCCGUGGCCCCAGGGCUGCCGGGAGCGUGCCAGACGCACCAGGGUGAAUUUGAAAGUGAAAAGAAAGCUGCUCUGCAUGCAAAACAGGAGACCUGUGGACUUGAGGGCGAGCAGGCGCAGGCUCUCUGCCGAAAGGAGAAGGAAUCUUGGUCCCUGCAGCUUCAGGAGAAGGACGACCAAAUCCAGCAGCUGGAAGAACAAGUUUUAUCCUUAAGCCACAAGGUGGAAGAGAGCCGUUCUGAACUGGAGACGCUGCAGCAAAGGCGUGAAAGGGAGAACCAGGAGGGCGAGAACCUCAUCUCCAUGCUCAAGGCUGACGUCGACCUGUCCCAGAGCGAAAGGCGGGCUCUCCAGGACGCCCUGAAGAGGCUGCUGGCCUUGUUUGGAGAGACCCUGAAGGCAGCCGUCGCCCUGAGGAGCCAGAUUGGAGAGCGUGUGGGGCUCUGCCUGGACGAUGCAGGUGCCACAGGUGCGGGCCAGGCCCUGCCAGCAGCUCCAACACUUGACGAGACGUGGUCUGACGCGGCCCUGCUGGAGGUGGACAGGACCGUGUCUGAGUGUGCGGAGAUGUCCUCCGCGGCCGAGGUCAGCAGUCACGUACGCGAGAGCUUCCUGAUGAGCCCCGACAGCGCGCUGGGGUGUGAGCAGACAGUCAGGAGAGUCUACCGGAGCCUGGGCCUCGCUGUGGACGGCCUCCUGGAGAUGGUGCUGGACUCCACCAGGCAGCUGGAGGAAGCACAACAAAUCCAUUCUCGUUUUGAAAAAGAAUUCAGUUGUAAAAAUGAGGAGACGGCGCAGGUCGUUAGGAAGCACAAGGAGUUGCUGGCGUGCUUGGAGGAGCAGAGCGCCGCCAAGGCCGGGCUGGAGCUGGAGCUGCACACGGCUGAGGGCAUCCUGGAGGGACUGAAGGUGGAGAAGGCGGAUCUGCAGGAGGCGCUGGGCCGGAAGGAGGAGUCUGAGCGGCAGCUCGUCUUGGAGCUGGAGGGCCUGAGGCAGCAGCUCACGCAGGCGGCCGGGGAGCAGGCGUCGCUGAGGGAGGAAUACGCCCUCCUGUGGAGCCAGAAGGAAGCUGCUGCGGGGGAAGCAGAAGAGCGAGAGGCAGCGCUUCGCAAGGAAGUGGAGUGUCUGACCAGGGAGCAGUCGGAGACGAGGAAGCAGUCUGAGAAGGACCGCGUGGCCCUGCUCUCCCAGAUGAAGGUUCUGGAAUGCGAGUUGGAGGAGCAGCUCUCUCAGCAUCAAGGCUGUGCCAGGCAGGCUGAGGAAGUCACAGCCCUAAAGCAGCAGAUGGCUUCUCUGGACAAGCACUUGCGCAACCAGCGGCAUUUCAUGGAUGAGCAGGCCGCAGAGCGGGAGCACGAGCGUGAGGAGUUCCAGCAGGAGAUCCAGAGGCUGGAGGCGCAGCUCCGCCACGUGGCCAGGCCGCAGCCCCAGGGCCUCCUCGACAGCCCGCAGCAUGCCCGGCUGGAUGAAGAGGUUGAAUUGUUACAACAGAAGUUGAGAGAAAAAUCGGAUGGAUUUAAUGAAUUGGUUAUAAAGAAAGAGUUGGCAGACAGACAAGUGCUAAUCCAGGAAGAAGAAAUUAAGCGUCUGGAAGAGAUGAAUGCCCACACCAGGAGAAAAGUGGUCCAGCUCCAGGAAGAAUUGGAGAAACAGAAAAAAAUUGUGAAGGAAUUACAAGAUAAAGAGGCACUAAAGGAACAGCAGAUGACUCACUUGCCUCUGGAGUCCACACUGCAGGCUGGACUGGGUGAGGGUAGGUGUCCUGGGCCUCUUCCAGACAGCCCUCCUGCGGGUCCCGAGGUGCAAUGGGAGUCAGCACAGAGGGCGCCCCUGCAGCGCGACAGCGAGGUCUUAGACUUAAAAGGACAUCUGGAGGAGAUUAAAAAUGACAUAGCAGAUAAAAAUGAAGAGGUGCUACAUCUGAAUUUAAAAUCAGAUGUGCAGAGCUCCCAGACUGCCGUGAGCACCGGAGAACUUGAGGAUGAGCAUGCCGACCUAAAGGUUGUGUGCACCAGAAGUUCUGAGAUUGAAGAGCUGAAAGCCACUAUUGAAAAUCUGCGAGAGAACCAGGAACGCUUACAGAAGGACAAGGCAGAGGAGAUUGAACGGCUCCACGAAGUCAUCGAGAAGCUGCAGCAGGAGCUGUCUCUCAUGGCACCCGCGGCGCAGGGGGCCAGCGACAGCCGGGCAGGGAGUUUGCAGAGUGAGCUGCUCUGCUCCCAGGCGGAGGGCCCCUGCGGGCAGGCGCUGCAGGGUGAGCUCCAGGCUGCGCUCGCAGCCAAGGAGGCCCUGAGCCAGCUGCUGGCCGACCAGGCCCUCGGGCACAGCCAGGCCCUGGAGGCCCUGCGGCAGCGGCUGCAGGGUGCGGAGGAGGCCGCCGCACGGCAGCUGGCGGAGCUGGGGCGCAGUGUGGCCCUUCGGGAGGCUGAGGUCGAGGGCAUGGCCUCCCGGAUCCAGGAGUUUGAAGCUGCACUAAAAGCAAAGGAAGCGACGAUUGCUGAGAGAGACUCAGAGAUUGACGCCGUGAACAAGUGGAAAGCGGCCCACUCCACCGCACUGAAGGCCGUCCUGUCGGCCGUGGCCCGUUUCCGCUGUGCCCUGGAGCAGCAGCCCCUGGCCGGCCCGGCCGAGCCCCCUGAGCUGCAGCGGCUCCGAACACAGUGUGUCCGUCUCAGCCGCCAGCUGCAGGUGCUGAACCAGCGGUUCCUGAAGUGCCAGAUGGAGCUGGACAGGCAGCAGGUGCACGGGGCUGCCGCCCGCACACGGCCGCCCGGCGCCUGCCGGCACCCUGGCCUGGAGGGCGGCACGGAGGUGUGGAUGCUCAGGGACGCGGAGGUGCCCGAGCAGGGCGUCAGCAGCAGGCGGCUGACCUCGAGUCUCCACAGCCGGGACCAGGACCCACGGGGUAAGGAAAAAGUACUGGAAGAUUAUCAGCUGCAGAAAGUCGAUCUUAUAGCUCAGGUGAAACAACUUCAGGAAAAACUGAACCAUCUGGUAUAUUCUGUGACCUUCCAGGAUGUCAACACUGCAGAUUUUAAAUUUCAACAGCCAUUGGCGUCAGCAUUUGGGUUAGAAAACAGUUCGAGUGAUGGUUCCCACAACGGUGAAGAAACCGACAAAUCGCCUCCUGUUGGUGCAUUUAAUAUCGACAAGACCGUGAGGGAUCUAACUGUUGCCAUUAAAGAUCAGGAUUAUUUGAUAAGAAAUGAAAUGCCAAAUUUUCCCAUUCAAGAAACAUUAGAAUUGCAGGAUGGGUCCCAUUCUUUACCAACCUGUGUGCGUGGUGGCGCCCGUGCCCUGAGCUGCAGUGACCUGCCCGAGCCCCUGAAGAGCCCGGUCCGGGUGCUGGACCUGUCCUCCUGGAGCUCCCCCGAGGUCCUCAGGAAGGACUCGGCCCUCGAGCCCCAGCCCAGCCUCCUCCUGACGCCCCACUCGGACGUCCUGAGCCUGUGCAGUGCCGAUGCCUCUCUGCAGGACCGGACCCCGGCCUCGCUGCUGCUGGCUGAUGAGCCGGGGCUGCCUUGUUACCUGGGCGUGUCUGCAGCAGGACAGGCCCCACCGUGGGCAGAGUCUGCGCCGGCCGACCACCGCCCUGUGGAGAGGACGCCUGUGGAGAAAGAUGUCGAAGAUUUUAUCAUAACAUCUUUCGAUUCUCAAGAAACGUUACGUUCACCUCCUGUCGGGUUAGAAGAAAACAAUGACGGCAGUGAAGACAGUGACGGCUUGGGUUUUGGAGGGAAACUGAGCCCACGAUCAGAGGGCCCCGAGGCUCCCGCCGAUGGCCCCAUCUCCAGAAGGUCUCAACAGCCACCGGGAGCCAUGAAGGGGAAGGACGUCCAGGCACAGCACGUGAAGGCCUUGCUGCAGAUGGUGCGCGAGGAGAGCCGCCAGAUCCUGGCCCUGUCAGAGAGCCGCGGGCCCCCCGGCGCUCUGAGCAGAGGGGAGCCAUGCGCACCCCUGGACCCCAUCCCAAGGGAGGGGCAGGGCCUCCUGGAAGCAGCACCGCAAAAAGGAGAGAAGGAACCUGCCGACGUGUGCCUUGAUUGGAGAGGAGAGUUUCUGCAGGUCGUGCAGGAGGCAUUUGACAAGGAAUGGAAGAUGCUGAAGCUCCAGCUGCAACCUGGACGUGGCGGCUCAGACCCAGGGGGUCGAGACUGCCUGUUGGAGAGGCUGGAGAAGGUCGUCCACGCGCAGGGAGACCUGCAGGAAAAGUCCUUGGAGCACCUCCACAUGUCGGACAGGAGCAGCCUGCUGUCUGAGAUACAGGCUCUGCGCGCCCAGCUGCGCCUGACGCACCUGCAGAACCAGGAGAAGCUGCAGCAGCUGUGCACGGCGCUGACCAGCGUGGAGGCCCGCGGGAGCUGGCAGGAGCACCAGCUGCGCAGGCAGGUUGAGUUACUGGCAUAUAAAGUCGAGCAGGAAAAAUGCAUAGCGAGCGACCUGCAGAAGACCCUCAGUGAGGAGCAGGAGAAAGCCAACGGGGUGCGGAAGCUCCUGGCGGUGGAGCAGAGUGCCGUGAAAGCUCUGAAGUCUGAGCUCUGCGAGUGCAAGCAGGAGAACGAGAGGCUGCUGAAGUCCCUGGACAACGUGCAGCAGGAAGUCCUCCAGCUGAGAUCCAUGCUGGACGGCAAGGAGAACGACCUGCAGGCUGCGCUUCAGGAGCUGGAGUGUGAGCGCGGGAAGGAGCGUGUCCUACAGAGCCGGCUGGAGGAGCAGCAGCUUCGGCACCUGCAGAGGGAGGGCCAGAGCUCCAAGUCCCUGGAGGAGUUAAGAGCGUCCUUGGAGAAGCAGCGUGCGCAGAGCAGUCGGCUCUGCGUCGCCCUGAAACACGAGCAGACAGCGAGGGACAACCUGCAGAAGGAGCUGCGCAUUGAGCACUCGCGCUUCGAGGCCUUGCUGGCGCAGGAGCAGGGCCGGCUCUCCCAGCUGCAGAAGGACCUGGAGGCGGAGAAGAGCCACUCGCUGGAGCUGUCGGAGGCUUUGCAGCACGAGCGGCUCCUCACGGAGCAGCUGAGCCGGAGGACGCAGGAGGCCGGCACCCACCAGGACGCUCAGGCGCACCCGGCCGUGCUGCGGAAGCUGAAGGAGGAGAAGGCCCGCGUGCUGGAGCUACAGGCGGUGCUGGAGAAGGCGCAGCAGCAGCUCGAGGCCGAGGCGCAGAAGCGCUGUGAGGAGCUGCGGAGAGAGAAGGAGGUAAGUGCUGCGUUGACGCCAACCGUGGAGGCUCUGCAGACCCAAAAACGAGAGCUGAGAUGCUGUCUGGAGAGAGAGAGGGAGAAGCCAGCGUGGUUGCAGGCAGACUUAGCGCAGUCCCGCACACGGCAGAAAGAGCCAGAAGGACCCGAGGACACGCGGAGCGGAGCGGAGACGAGGCAGAGCCGGGCACGUGCGGGGAAGUGGAGGAAGUGGCAGAGAGAAAAGGAGAAGCUGCGAGAGUUAGAGUUGCAGCGCCAGCGUGAGGAGCACAAGAUCCGCCAGCUCCAGCAGACCGUGAGAGAACUGGAAUCAAAGGAGGAGGCGCUCCGCAGCGGUGGCCUCCACCGGGGCGCUCCCCGAGGCGCCCCCGGCUCCGAUGGGCCGGACCAGCUCCAGGAACAGCAGCAGGAGCUGGAGAGGAUCAGGCAGCAGCUGCUCUGUGCUGCCGGGCUGCUCACCAGCUUUGUGCGCCGGACCGUGGGCAGGACCAUCAGCGACUGGACAUCAUCCAACGAGAAAGCAGUGGCGUCUUUACUGCGCACGUUAGAGGAGCUGAAGCCUGAGCUGAGCAGGUCCGCCCCCUUCCAGAAAAAAAUGGCAGCAGAGCUACAAAUCCAGCUUGUGGACGUCUUGCUGAAAGAGAACGAUUCCCUCACAAAAGCGCUCAACACGGCGACCGAGGAGAAGGCGGAGCUGAGCAGGGCCGUGUCCAGGCUUGAAAAGACCCUGAAGCACCAUGUGCAGAAGGGCUGUGCCCUGAGCAGGUCGGACAGGCCUGCGUGGAAGCAAGACCCAGUGGUGCCGCAGAGCUCACAACACUCGGACCUGGGACGGCCUCCGCCAGCUGCGAGCGUGGAAGCAAACACCUGCAACGUCAAAAUGGAAAAGUUGUACCUGCAUUAUUUGAGAGCAGAGAGCUUUAGGAAAGCUCUGAUUUAUCAAAAGAAGUAUCUCUUGCUGUUGAUCGGUGGGUUCCAGGAUUCUGAACAAGAAACACUCUCCAUGAUUGCUCAUUUGGGGGUAUUUCCUUCCAAAGCAGAUAAGAGAAUCACCGCGUCUCGUCCUUUUACGAAGUUCCGCACGGCUGUCAGGGUGGUCAUCGCAAUAUUAAGAUUGCGUUUUUUGGUUAAGAAAUGGCAAGAAGUAGAUCGGAAAGGAGCCCUAGCACCAGGCAAAGCCCCCCGCCCAGGACCCCGAGCGCCUCGGCGGCAGCGGUCUCCUCCUGAACCCAGAGAGUCCCUGCCGACCCGGGAUGUGUCUUCAGGUCACACCAGGGACCCUGCCCGUGGCCCCGGACCUGUGACAGCAGCCUCCCUGAGCAGGAGGGGAAGAUCCACUCCAUCCCCAAAUUCAAGAUUAGAAAGAUCCCUGACUGCUUCUGAAGAUCCAGAACAUUCCUUGACAGAAUAUAUUCACCAUUUGGAAACGAUCCAGCAAAGACUGGGGGGAUUACCACCAGAUUUUACUUCAAAGAAAUCCUGCCAUCCGAAGAGUAAACAAUGAAUAAAAUCCUUGUGGCUCUCACCUGGGACAGUUCUGUUUGAGAAAAAGAUUCAUUCUCCCCUUUUCUCAAGGAAGCUCCUGGGCUCUGCCUCGCGUGCCGUGGUGCCCAGCCUGGGCGCUGCCGGCUCAG